UUUUGAUUUAGAUUUACCAAAAUCAUAUAAUAUGGAGGCAGGGGCAGACUGACCAUUUGGAAACUCAGGCACUGCCCGAGGGCCCGGGCUCAGUAGGGGGCCGCAUGAGAUGCCCCUGGUACCUUUUUCAUAGGUUUUUUUUAGUUUGGGCAAGGACACAGGGGCCCCAUGAUCCCCUAUUGCCUGGGGGCCCCAUGAGUUGUCAGUCCACCCCUGUAUGGAGGUCAAACCUAAACACUUCCAAUUUUUAUGCAAUUCGGCAGGCCCUUGCACUACAUAGUGGAAGGGGGCCCCAUGAGACCAUGAGAUGCCCCUGGUACCUUUUUCAUAGGCUUUUUUGAGUUUGGGCAAGGACACAGGGGCCCCAUGAUCCUCUAUUGCCCGGGGGCCC